AUGAAGACCAGCGGCAUCACUGAAGACGUUCAGCAACACUUGAUGCGCGUGUACGCGACGCUAGCAGCUUGUGUAAUGUCAGCAAUGAUUAGUUCGGCUGUUACUUUGGCGUUUGGCCCAGAGCGAAUUACACUCAUGAGCUCGUCAAUUAUGACAACCAUUGGAUCUAUCUGGCUCUAUGUGGAACCUCAGCAGAACUUUUACAAACGGUUCUGUAUUCUCAUCGCAAUAUCGGCAUCUGUGGGCCUCACUGUGUCCACUCUCGUGGCUGUGGCGAUUGAACUGAAUCCCAGCAUUCUGGUCUCGGCCCUUAUGCUCACGACGCUAGUAUUUUUGUGCUUUACGGGAAGUGCGCUGCUUGCAACUCGUCGCGCCUACUUGUACCUAGGCGGAACCCUGAGCUCAGCACUGUCGGUGCUACUCCUUACAAACCUGUUUUCAAUCUUCAAAUACUCGUCGUUUCUAUUUCACGUGAACUUGUACGGUGGACUUUUUGUAUUCUGCGGUUAUGUGGUGUAUGACACGCAGUUGAUCAUCGAGAAGGCCAGUUUCGGAGACAAGGAUGUACUUGCACACACGCUUAGUCUAUUCAUGGACCUGGGACACGCGAAGCUUCGAGAUCUGCGUUUUUAA